GCCCCUCUGCUUGUCCUCCCAACGGUAUGGUUCAAUCUCUCAUACAGCUCAAGAUCACCUCUGCGAUAUGUUCUGCCUUCGCCACCGGCAUCACAUGCUACCGUCUCUGGUUGCGUCGGGAUCGGUAUUGGUGGGAUGAUGCCGGCGCCUUCCUAUCCAUGAUCUUCCUAUUCCUCCAAGUCGCAUCGGUCUUCAUGCACGUUCCGGAUCCACGUGUAUUGACCCACACAGACAACAUCGCGGCCUAUUACAUCAUGGCGGCGACAUUCUACUCCAUAAUAUGGACUGCGAGACUUGCAAUCUUGUACUCAGUAAUCCGGAUAGAUCCCAAUCCCAGAACGAGAAUGUACCUCCACCGCAUCGGUAUCAUCUUCAUCGUCGUCCUAAUGGUGAUGAUCGCGCAGCUAUUCUGGGUGUGCGAGCCUAUGCCGGAAUGGAAACACGAGUUGUCCCCUCAGUGUCCACUGGACCACCAAGUGGCGAUAUGCCAGCUCGUAACCGACGUUUUCUCGGACCUUUUGCUCAUCGCUGCGCCACUUCGCCUGAUCCAACAGAUGAGCGCGGUUGACAGUACUCGCCGACGUCUCAUGAUCAUCUUCUCGACCAGCAUCGUGACAACCAUCGUGUCUCUGGUGCACGCGGCGUUCAUCUUCGAAGACGCAGGCAUCAAAGUUGUCAUCGCCGCGAUCGUCGAGGACACUUUUUCACUCAUCGUGUGCAGCCUCCCCGUCGUGGUGACCGCGAUCAUGCGCAAGGCCGGCAAGCCCGAGGAGGAGACGGACUACACGAAGCAGAGCACAUUCGGCUGGAAGGCCGCGACACGCAGAACAGGAACGAUGGGGACCACAGCGACGACAGCGUCCGACACGGCGAUGGACGUCACGACUGUUAACCUACGCGAUUUCACGACGAACACCGCCAUCACGAACCCGACGCUCUCGCAGAUCGAGCAGACGCGCACGAGAGGCGACGUCACGGACGUCGCGCUUCCAUCCCUCACCCGCACCCGCGCAGACGCGCCGCCACCGAAGGAGCAGCGGAGUAUCGUCUGGAUCACGUCAGAGAAGCUACAGCGCACGGGGUCUAACGAAGACGACCCGAAGUAGUUUAUAUGACAGACUCGAACGCAAGCUUACGACAUCGAUGUCGUUGUUCCAUUACCUUGGGAUCUUGUGGGAUACCUCCAGAUGUAAUGCUAUGAUAGGGUGUACGAUUUAGUGCUCGGUCUGGGAUAGUUUGUAGUCUACUCGAUUAAUGUCUACAGUCAUUACGUUUCCUCGUACUCUCUACGUCCACCACCAGUCUUGGACGCGCUGCAUUGCUCUGGGCCUAGUAGCGAUGUCGUACAUCGAUCGCCACCGCCUUGACAUCGAACCAGAAUGACAUUUUCAUCUCCC